CGUCGUAGGUCGCGCCGGUGGCAUCCUCAGUCGUGAUUCGCGCGGCGCCCGUGACGGUUCGACGAUCCCCCGUGUGAUCCCAUACGUAAUUUAAAAAAUCACCGGGUGUCAUCGAAUCCCUGUGUCACCGUGCCCAACAACAACAGCGUUUCGUUUCGCGAAACUGAAAAAACCAGUUCGCGUGGAAACCGGUAGCCGCGUGCCCUGGCCCUUAAAUGGACCGAACGAGUUGUCUCGCCCCUCCCGAGGACCGCCAUCCUACGGCCACCGAACGAUCCCUCAAUCAGUGUCCAAGAUAAUAUGAUCAAUCGAUGACUAUCCGCGCGAGCAAACAAUCAAUAUGAUCGAAGGCGAGAUAGAACUCACCACUAUGGACUUCCUAGGCAUGAUGACCACCGAUCUGAGCAGCGAGUCCAUCUACGACUUGAAGGAAUUCGACAGCUAUCGCAAUAGGCUCGAGAACCCGGUGAAGAAGGUCCAACAGAUGCCUUCUCGCAGAGACUCGCUCUACAUAGUCGUCCCAGUGACCAUCAUCUACGUGACGAUCUUUGUGACCGGUCUGAUCGGCAACAUCAGCACGUGCAUCGUGAUCGCGCGCAACAAGUCGAUGCACACAGCGACCAACUACUAUCUAUUCAGUCUGGCGGUGUCGGACCUGUUGCUGCUGGUCUCCGGCCUGCCAGGGGAGAUCUACUUAGUCUGGUGCAAGUACUGCUACAUAUUCAGCGAGAGAUUCUGCAUUUUGCGUGGCCUGGCGGCGGAGACGUCGACCAACGCGUCGGUGCUCACCAUCACCGCGUUCACCAUCGAGAGAUACGUGGCCAUUUGUCAUCCUUUCCUCGCCCACACCAUGUCCAAGCUGUCCAGGGUGGUAAAGCUGAUCCUGAUCGUGUGGCUGGUGGCACUGUCGUUUGCACUGCCCCAGGCCCUACAGUUCGGCAUCGUCGAACACGAGGUAGACCCUACUAUGGUGAUGUGCACCUUGAAGAGGACCUUGGUGAGGUACUCGUUCCAGCUGUCCACCAUAUUCUUCCUCGUGGUGCCAAUGAGCCUAAUCACUGUGCUCUACAUCCUCAUCGGGCUGAAGCUCAAGAAGUCGAACAUGAUGAAGAGGAGACCUGGCAGGGAGGAGGGCGGAAGCUGCAAGCAUCAGCCUGGCAGGUCGUCCAGGAGAGUCGUGAAGAUGCUCGUCGCGGUGGUGAUAGCAUUCUUCGUCUGCUGGGCGCCAUUUCACGUGCAACGACUGGUCUACAUAUACGGUACGAAACCAGACCGUAUAUCCUCGAACAGCAUAUGGAUAGAGAACUUCCAUCUUCUCAUGACCUACAUAUCUGGCGUUUUCUACUACGUGUCCACGACGAUUAACCCUAUUCUCUACAACAUCAUGUCCAACAAAUUCCGCGUUGCUUUCAUGGAAACACUGUGGAAGGGCUGCAGGCUCCCAGGUAUGGCGCUUCGAAACGGUCAACGUUCCUACUCCAGUCUAUCCAAAUCCCAGCCAAGGAUGAUGGGCACCUACAGCUCCAGGACAGCUGCUACGGCAGGCACUGCGCUGCCUCGCGAGAGCACGGAUUGUUCCGGGAAUUCUGGCCGGGACGAUGGCCCGAAGCAGACCACCUCGUUGAUGGAACAGACGACGACGAAGGCUCGGAAAACCGAGAAGAAACUGACGGAAUCGAACGGUAGGGAGAUCAGAGACACGAAGAUAGUCGAUGACGUCCGCAAUAAGGGCUCUUUCAGGGAUCGGAAGAACGAGGAUUCGAGAAGGUCUGUGCCAGCCAAAUACACGACGGUGAAAGUAUCGAGCGUCGACGGUUCCGGAAAGAAAUGGUGGCGACUGUUAAAGUGGUAUCCUGGUCUAGAGUCUUUGAAGCUUGCCAGAAGGACCACCUACACCGUACCGGAAAAUCGCAUUCUGGGGACCAACGAGCUCCGACGGGAGGAAUUCUCGAUGACCAUGUGCAAUGUGCACGAGGCGAACGAUGAGAGGCCCGCUUGAAGGGUGAUCCGUGGCCUAAACAAACAGGUUUAAUUAGUAGCGGACGAGCAAGGUUUGGUAUUACAUACGUGACACGGAAACGGUAAUGAACAGUAAUGAAGUCUCGCAUUUGACGCGGUACUAAACGACCCACUCGUUUCAUGCGAAAUGAUGCAAAGAGGGCAUUGUAAACUGGGCUGACAUCUCGAGUGAAAUGACCGAAUCAUUAGAGAGGAAAUGCAGGAGAUCCUUACGUGACGUCGAAUGAAUCUAGUUUAAGUAACGGAGGCAUUUCAUUUUUCAAUGUGAAUAACUAGACUAUCGAGUUGUCACGUAUGAAAUGAGCUUGCCCAUAUUCUAAAACCGAGUCUGCUGUAUAUUUGACAAAUUUAAACCUGUCCAAGUGACUCCGACAUGGUAGAGAUCUAGCCUGUACAUAACAACACCUAAUUCCGCCGUACCCUAACCUAACCAAGCGUAGAGAGUAUUAAAUCAUACUCUAGACUAAUCGACCUAACCACAUCCAACCCAGAUUUAAGUUUAAGUUGUAUUUAAGAAUCCAAAUCAAACUCAGAGCUAACCAACCUUACUCCUUGGCCCCACCAAUCGUAACCUAAAACUCAACAUGCAGGUAAAGCAACAGAGCAAUCGUUUCAAAACUUUCUUGAUUUCGGAAACUAAUCCCUAGGAACAGCUUCCAUAAAUUCCAUAAAUAUCAAAACAUUUAUUAACUUAUACUAAAGAAUAUUAAAUGGUUAAAUGGAAUUCAAGAAGCAGAGAGUCAAAGAAUUCUAUCACAGCGCCCUCCUCCCACCCCAAUGGGUAAAAUCGUUUUGCGAAUUAAUGGGAUUAGAGGUUAGUCGAAAACUUUCCGGGUGUUUUUGCGAGGACGUGACGCCAACCGUAAAACGCGUUAAUCCGAAUAAAUUGCCGGGAAUCACGAACCAUAGUGUACAUUGAAAGUUUUAACGGAGGAAUUCCUGGGGGUUUAGCCUUGGACCGAUUCGACAUCAACAAGACUGAUCCUUAUCAAUCAUAAUUAUUACGAAAAAAAUGAAUCCUGUUCGCUGAGUUUUCAAUGGUCGUCCAAAAAGAGAUAAAGCUCCCUGGUAUUAAAGUCGCUGACACGUAGACACGUCUAGGGCAGCCCUUACGAUAUAAUGCCCUUUUCCCUGUCUUGACACAGUCCUACUGUUCGUAUUUCGUUGCUGUAUCCACUAUUAGAGGCCAGUAGUGUGUUUAAAAAUAAAAUAUUAAACGAAACACACAGUCCUCUCGUUUCUUCUAAUAAAUGGCGUUUAAUUUUUGUUUAAUUGUACACAUUAGCUCUAUUGUUACUGUUUGGUAUUGGUUGGAUCCAAUAGUUUCGAAUGAACAUUGGACCAAACAGUAGUUGUCCUCCCUACUACUAACACCGCCAGUGGAGAAACAAAGAAACAGAAUAUGAUACAUAUCUCCUGCCAGAUCCGGUAGAAUAAUUGUAUUUCAUCGUUUCUCCGACGGAAGCGCUAAUAGUAGAGGAGGACUAUUUUGUUGGUCCAGUGAACGUGUCGAGAACAAUAUGGAGGCCCCGUAUGAUGUGUAAGUAUGCUUCUUCCAUUGUAAAACAUGGAAAUUUCGAAUUAUGUACUGUAUAUGAGUAGGCAGUAAAUUGAACAGAGGUACGAGAAAUGCGAAAUGCUUGGAAAUAUAUUCGUAUCAGGUUUACGGUGAUGCGCGUUGAUCAUAGUCUUCUGUACCCUUUACUGAACCGUACAAAUUCGAGAUAAGAAAGCUCGUUGCUUCCUGCACCGACAAACUAAAUUCACUGAACGAUAUAUUCUGUAUAUACACACACAAAAUUUGUCAAACACAAGGUGUAUCGAAUCCUCACUGGCGGCCAUUUUAUACCGACUGCUGGCAACUCUGCCCGCAGUCUAUAAAGGACCGACAGGACAAGCAAGUUGAAUCUUAAAUCCGAUCAAACUGAAAUCUACUCGAGAACUCGCGCAGAGAUUAGUGAGUUGUUAUUUAAUUGUAUCCCGUAAUGGGAGAAAAUGUACAUAAAAUGGUUGGAAAUCUGAUUUCUAGGUUAAGUUUAAUCUUUGAUAGUUGUUAACGGUGCCCAGGACACGUUAUUGGCGUAGAGAAUAUUUUAUGUACGUCUCUGUAUGUUGCUAAAAUAGAAAAGUGUAUAUACGUCGAACGACAAUGGAGAACUGUCGAUCUUAUUGGAGUCAUAGAUAUCAUCGCCAUGCUACUGUAGAGAGAUCCAACGCGGAAGAGAAGCAAUCUGGAGAAUGUGAUAUUAUUCAUUGUGUAAUUGUUAGAAGCGUAUAAUAUCGUAUGCAAUUAUCUUAUACGUAACUGUUUGCUUAGAUUCAUUCUA